AGUAAGCUAGCCAGUUGCCUGGUUAACGUUAGCUACUCUUAUGCGCAACAUAGCUGAAACGUAGGCUCACCGAUAGAUAGUCAUGCAUUUUCAUCCUGUAAAUGUCACCGAUUUUACCCGGUUAUUGACGUUAAUCAAACUUUAUUUGUUGUUGUGAAGCUGAUAACAUUUGGUUUGUUCAGAUUUUAGUUAAACAUCGUAACCGGGUGGAACAGUAGCGUUAACAUUAGGUUCUGUUCUGUUUGAAAAGUGGCUAACCUUAGCUAGGCAACCGUAGCACGAGACUCGCUGGCGUUCCCUCUUGCCACAGAGAAGAGCGGAGGGAGGUUAAAGAUAUGUGAUUGUGAGAUAGCUGACUGAUUAGCUCAUCUAAUGCUGGCGGAUACUGGGUGAGUUGUAACGUGACUUCUUUACAGUUGAAUGUCUCAUAAAGCCUCGAGAAGCAAGAAAACGGUUUGAUUGUGGUUUAUGUGUUCAUGUCACAUUAGUGAAACUACCCAGGCAGAGUGGAACUGAGAAAACCAGCUCCACCAUGUUGGAGGAGGACAUGGAAGUGGCCAUCAAGGUGGUUGUUGUCGGCAACGGAGCGGUUGGCAAGUCCAGUAUGAUUCAACGUUACUGCAAGGGCGUCUUCACUAAGGACUACAAAAAGACCAUAGGAGUGGACUUUCUGGAAAGGCAGAUAGUCGUAAAUGAUGAAGAGGUCCGACUAAUGCUGUGGGACACCGCAGGGCAGGAGGAAUUUGACGCCAUCACCAAGGCCUACUACCGUGGUGCCCAAGCCUGCGUCCUGGUCUUCUCUACCACAGACAGGGAGUCAUUUCAGUCUAUUAACAGCUGGAGGGAGAAGGUGGAGGCAGAGGUCGGAGAUAUUCCUACAGUUCUAGUGCAGAACAAAAUUGACCUCCUGGAAGAGACUGUUAUAAAAAAUGAGGAGGCGGAAGCUUUGGCUAAAAGGCUUAAGCUGAGAUUUUAUCGAACUUCAGUAAAAGAGGACCUUAAUGUCAACGAGGUUUUUAAGUACUUAGCUGAGAAGUAUCUUCAGCGACUCAAACAGCAAACGGCAGAGGAGACGGAGGUGGUCCAUACAACAAGCAAUAAAAUAGGUGUUUUUAAUACCACAAGUGGUAACGUCUGCAACCAGAGCUCCAGCAAUGGCAGAGAAGUUAUCACUUUGCGACCUAACAAACAAAGGACCAAAAAGAAUAAAAUUCCUUUUGGAAGCUGCAGCCUACUCUAGAUAGAAGCAUUUUAACGACUGAUUAUUGUUUCUAAAAGGUGAUUGGUUGUUGUAUUCUAUGGAGGUAGCCACAUUUAGAGACCAAAGCCCAUACAGGCUGGGAAAUACUACUCUCUACUAUUUUAACCCGUAUACCCCACAUUCAUGGCUGAAUUUCAUCAAUAAUGUACACACAAAUCUCGUCAAUAAUUGUAAACACUCGGGUCCUCCUUGUGGUUCCCUCAAGUAACAGCAACAGCUGCAGUUACAGUAUGUUGUGCAUUCAGUUUAAUGAUUCCCCCAAAAUCAAGAGUUACAGUAUGUGAGUACUGGUGGUUUCUUUUCAUGACUUUUUUUUUUUUUAAUGACUUGACACAGUCCUCUCAACAAACUAUGUAACAGCAGAGGUUGUACUUCUGCUGUGUGAGAACAACCACUCCAGGGCACACACAGUCACCCAUUUCUGCGUUUUGACAUUUCAGCUGUGCAGUAUGUUUGCAUAUAUUGUAGAAGAUGCACAGAUGAUUUCGUACCAUAUUUUUAUACCGGUGAACAGAAUAUGGUUCAAACUAAACUGUUUACUGUGGACAGUCCAGAGUUGGGCUAAUUCUCUGUAUACAAAUAUUUUUGUAUGAAUCUCAAGUGUUGAUGUAGUGCCAAAUUUCCUUUCUGAUCUAUAGUUAAAUAUUCAAACAGAAGUGAUGUGGAUGGAACAUGAAAAUAGUAAAUUGUGUUCCUAUAUAUGGUAA